CUCUCUCUCUCUCUCUCUCUCUCUCUUUCUCUCUCUCUCUCUCUCACACACACACACACACACAUUCUCAUUGGGUUCAUUAUGAGGGAAGAUGGCGGCGGCGCGCGCUGGAUCGAUGUGUCAGCGGUGGAAGCGCUUUGAUCUUCAGCAGCUGCAGAAAGACCUGGACGUCGCCGCCAAUGCUCUCGCCAGCACACAGCAUGAGAACGAACAAACACGAAAAAAACUCACCGACCAGAGCGACGAGCUCAAGAAACACACACCAGAGGAUUUGCAUGAACACAUCACUCCAUUGUUGAAGGGUUUCCAGUCUGAGAUCGACGCUCUGUGUGAAAGGAGUAAAGAGUCAGAGGCUGCUUUCCUCAGCGUGUAUAAGAGAUUAAUCGAUGUCCCAGACCCUGUGUCUGCGUUAGAGGCGGUGCAGCAGCUGCAGGUUGCAGUGAUUAAGAUGCGUGACGUGGAGGCAGAGAAUCAGAAGCUGAGGGAGAGACUGCAGGAGUACGACAGAGAGGUUGCAGAGGUCAAAGGUCACGAAGAAACCAUUAAAGUUUUGAGGGAGAAGUUGGAGUCUUACGAACAUUUAAUUCAGUGUGAAACGAAAGUCAAGGAUGAAGAAGAAGAGCGCUGUGCAGGAGCAGAAAGACCCUGUGAGAAUGAAGCAGCGAUGAUGGUGGAUGUAGAAACAGCCAAUCAGGCUCUGGAAGCGGAGCUUCUGGUAAAGCAGAGAGAGGUGGAGCGUCUGAUGGAGGAUGUACAGAAACUUCAGAGCAGCCUGACUGAACUCACCGACUCAACAGCCAAUCAGAUUAGAGAAUUACAGCAGCAGCUUGACUCCAGACACGCACUGCUGCAGGAGCUUGAGGAGAAACUGGAGGCUCAGUCAGAUUAUGAGGAGAUAAAAAGGGAACUGAGAGUCCUGAGAGCCAUGGAGCUGGGUUCCUCGGAGCGUCCUGCAGAACAGGGUUCCCCGAGAGGGCAGGAGGAUGGUGGGCAGGACAGAGACGGCGUCCAGAAACAAACGAGUAGCAGAGACCUCAGUGGUUCUGCAGAGAAGCGCCUUCCCGCCUCACCCUCCACCACACCUCCUCCACCUGACCACACCCACUCACAGACUCCACCCCUUUCUCAAGUCCUCCUGAAGAGUAAAGCUCCAUCUGAGUCGUCCUGCUCGUUUUCUACUGAUUUGUUCAGGCACAGCUUCAGCUCUACUUUUCCUCAAAUCUCUGGGAAAUCCUCUACCUCGUUCCUCCAGCGGACAUUUGGUCAGAAUCUGUACAGUGCUGACCCGCAUGCGGAGGAGGAAUUGGACACUGCUGAAAUCGCACGGCAGGUGAAGGAGCAGUUGAUGAAGCACAACAUCGGGCAGCGCGUGUUUGGACACUACGUGCUCGGGUUAUCUCAGGGCUCUGUUAGCGAGAUCCUCGCUCGCCCCAAACCCUGGAACAAACUCACCGUUCGUGGGAAAGAACCAUUCCACAAGAUGAGGCACUUCCUGUCUGACGAACAGAACAUCCUGACACUGAGGAGCAUUCAGGGACGACAGAGAGGUAAUAUCACCAGUAGAAUUCGUGUUCCUGAAAGCAGCUCGACUGAAUCCCGUAAGUCGAUUUUGGAUCAGACCAAAAGAGACCUGCAGGGUCACAAAGUUGAAGGCGUCCACUCCUCUUUAUCGGAUGACAAACUUCCCUCCGUCCUGGACGUCCAACAGGUGGCAUCCAUUCCCACCAUGACCUCUGACCUUUCCGGUAUGGGCUCCAAAUUGCUUGGUUCCUCCAUUUCUUUGCUGCCGUACUCGCCUCUGGAGCUUAACUCUGCGAACAACACGUCUUCCUCUCCUGUGGUAGACUCGUGGAGAAAGCAGUGGUGGAGCACCAUACACUGUGAACAGCACAAAGACACAGACACGCAGGAAGACACAGAGGCUGGCAACAUGGCGUCGGAGAUUCCUGUUUCCUCUCAGGAUUACUGGAAGGAUCAGUCGAGCACAGAGUCUUCAUUUAGCAGGAGGUCAGAACAAAAUCUUCAGAUGUCCAACACAAAUGAGACGCCUCACAGCAGCCCAGUGCUACCUUCCUCUUCGUCUUCUUCCUCCUCGCUGCAAACAAAGCAAAUGAAAGCCACGAUGACGCCGCUUACAUCCGAGCAGUACGAACGAUUCAUGUAUCUGGAGGUGGAUACGGUGGAGCUCACGCAGCAGGUCAAAGAGAAACUCGCCAAGAACGGCAUCUGCCAAAGAGUGUUCGGGGAGAAGGUUCUGGGCCUCUCUCAGGGCAGUGUGAGUGACAUGCUCUCUCGGCCAAAGCAGUGGACUAAACUGACUCAGAAAGGCAGAGAGCCGUUUAUACGCAUGCAGCUGUGGCUUGAAGGAGAACUACAAGACCCCAUGAGGGCAGAGACUUCAGUCAGUGAAGUCUCAGAGUCUCCUGGAAGCUCGUCUGAGGAGCUCAUUAAGCUUGUUAGGGACCAGCAGGAAGAGGCUGAGCCUGAGUCACAUGACACGGCAGUCAGAAUGCAGGAAGUGGCAGUCAUGCAGCUGGAACUCGACACCUACUCCAUCAGCCAGAGGGUCAGACAGGUGCUGAGUGAUAAUAACCUCGGUCAGCGUCUGUUUGGCGAGGCUGUUUUAGGUCUGACUCAGGGUUCAGUGUCUGAUCUUUUGGCUCGGCCCAAACCGUGGCACAGACUGAGCGUGAAAGGCCGCGAGCCAUUUGUGCGAAUGCAGCGAUGGCUGAACGACACAAACAACAUCCACAAACUGAGAGAAAUCAAACACACUGAGAGAAAAGUAUAUCUGAAGAGGCGUGUGAGCUCGGUGUGUGAGGACUCUGUAGUGGACAGUGGUGUGUGUGUGGGAGAGUCUGGACAGGAGUGUGUUCCUCAGCUGAAGAAGUCUCGGGUCAUCAUCACUGCACAGGAGAAAGAGGCUCUGAGGAAAGCGUACGAGGAGAAACCAUAUCCUUCACCAGGAACCAUCGAGGAACUCGCACAGCAGCUCGGACUCAAAGCCAGCACUGUCACCAACUGGUUUCACAACUACAGGUCUCGUAUUCGGCGUGGAAUCAUCAUGGAAGCGGCUGCAGGGAAAUCGGACAGCGUCUCCGACACACAGACGAGUGAAGUGCAGGAGCACGCUGAGGACUCCUCCUUCAACUUCCCAGAAUCCUCAGCAUCACCCGGAGUCCUGAGAGACAGCAGCCUGCGCAGACGCAAAGUCGCCAACCUGAACAGCAUCAUCCACCGUCUGGAGCAGGCGGCGAGUCGGGACGAGGCCCACGAUGGCGACGUGUGUGAGAGUCAGGACGUGAGUGUGGAGUGUGUGAACGCUUCCUCAUCAGGGUAACUGGAGGCGGAGUCUCAGGCACAGCACUGACAGUCAAGCAAGUCAUUAGCAUAUUAGGCCCCACCCUGCAGGGGCAGCCUAAGAUCAGUGUAAUCAGCUGUGACUCUCAUUUAUCUCAGAUUUAUCUCAUUUUAUAUUUUAUUUAAAAAUGUACUGGAUGUUUAACAGACACUAUUUUAGAAUAUUUGACUCUUUUCAGAUGUUAAGCUGCAACACUGUGUUCAGAACAGCAGUGUUUUUAUGCGGAAAUGAAACAGGGAGGAAGAAAAGAAGAAAACGGUGGAUUAGUGAUAAAAAUGACAAACUUAGUUUACCACAGCAGGAGGAGAACAGAAAGAGGUUAUUAUUAUUAUUAUUAUUAUUAUUAUUAUUAUUAUUAUUAUUAUUAUUAUUAUCAUUAUAGGGGACUUAACAGACUGCUGCGGCUCACUGGUGCAAAAAAUAAACCAAAAUCUAUAAAAAAACAUUCAGCAAUAAAGGCAGCAACUGUUAGUUUCUACAAUUUUUACUAAUUUUAUUAACGUGUGUGUGUGUGUGUGUGUGUGUGUGUGUGUGUGUGUGUGUGUACGUGUUGACUGAAUAAAAAAGAAGCACUUGAGGAAGCAGACCUCUCUGCUCUCGGCUCUAUGCAACUCUGCUUGAGAUUUUGUAUGCUAGAAAGUUAGACGUCUUUGUCUGAAAAAUCUUUUUGUAGCUGUUGGUUUUAUUCCUACAAACACCCCACUGCACCACACACCAUGUUCUCUAUAUGAGCCACAUGAACACCAUCACCAGCCCUCAGUGCAGAGAGGGGAACUUUUUCUAGAAACAAUUAAAAAAAAAAAAAAAACUUUUAGUGAGCAAACCACUAUAGAACAGACGCCUUCGGUGAAACACAGCCGUGAAACAGCACUUCAAGCCUCAGGUCCUUUACAUGAACGAUACAAACUGCACUUUAUGACGCGUUUAUAACGUUUUUACACAGCGUGAGCGGAAACACUCGCAGGCUUCCUGUUUUAACUGCUUUAAAAAAAACACAGUUUGUAAAAUAUUCUCUUUCUGAAACAGUCGAGGUUGUGUGAAUGCUCCGAAAAUCCCCUGCCAAAAAUUUUUUAAAUGAAAUCCUCAUCAGCUCUUGAACACUGCACACCUUCACGUCGGCUUGUUAGACGUCCAACACACUGACUAGCCGAGUGACCCAGCCCUCGGUGUGGGGAUAUGAGAGGACCAGGGAAUGAGAGAGAUUCGUUUUGUGUGUGUGUGUGUGAGACGUUUUCCUUCUCCUUGUUUCACUUGUAAUAAUAAUUCUAAUAACAGUAGCAGACUUUUAUCAGUCAAUGUAGUAAAUUAUACAGGUAUUUUAUAAAUAUGAAAGUUAUGGAAUUGUUUUUAUAUUUAUAUAUUUGAAGGAACAUAAAAUGUUCAGCUUCCAUGUUGUCAGAUGAACAAACUGCCGGCGGUUCAGUAGACCAGGCUUCCAAAUGUGUGCUUUUUAACACAAUCAUUUAUGCCUCUGUUAACGAGUUUAAUGAACAUGUUUCUGUGCACUAGUCAUACAGGCAUUAUAAACGCAUCAUAACACAUUUACACGACGACGCGUAAAGCACUUUUACGUCUGCGGCAUUUUUAAUCACAUGGACAGAUCACUUCUCAGUCACUUGACGCUACACCGAACCUCACCGAGUCUCUCUUCAGACUUCACACCGUCCUCGUUGAUGGUCGUCUUGAGUCUCGAACCGGGUGAACGUCUGUACUACGCUACACUGACACGUGACCACACACUUUUACUCACACUCAUGUUUAAUUACUGACUCCUCGCCUUUUUAUCUAACAGAACAUCCUGCAUUAUAAAAUAAAAUUCUCUCGUUUCUGCCCAGAACACGGUGUGAAGUAACUUUUUUUUUUUUUUUUAAUAAAACUGAAAUUCCACAGCAUCAGGAAUGAAUGACAUCACUUCCUGUCUCAGGUUUUAACGUUUAAAGCGUCCAUUUGGUGAACAGAUUCAUUAGGAGAAGCUGCAGAGUCGAAAAUGUUGAAUUUCUGAUGCGUCAUCACACAGUACACUCUUGACACAUCUCAUCCUUCAGCACUUCAUAAACUCAGCAUCAGCUUUAUCAGUUAUUAAUUUAACAGUUAUUUACUUUUUUUAUUUUUUCCCCCCUUACCAUUUGAAUUAAAGUGACUGUGUAUCUUAUUUAUAUCAUUAGUGUAAAGCUCUAAUUUUUAAACAAUAAUAAAACGGUUACAGAUCUGCGAGGAAGCUCAUACGUCAAUUACAUCUUAUUUGCAUAUUCUGCGCAUAUGGGAGUAUGUGGGAGGAGUUAUACAUGAUGUAGGCGUCAGAUUCAAAUCUCAGGACAAAGCUCCAUUUACUAACUUUAUGAAACUUUUCUGCUGUUAUAUUUUCUUUAAUGUUUUUCGUUUUAAAGCUGAAGUGUAAAUAGGAUCAUUCCAUUUUUAUAUCUCAACGUGUAGCUGAUUUUUAUUUAUAUUCUCUGUAUUUACAGCGUUAUUCUGUCUUCCAGUCUUAAUCCCAGACGCAAAAAAACA